UACCUUACCUUUAACAUUAAAAUAUUUGUGAUGCAACUCAAAGACAAAAGUACAAACCCAGACUUUGGGAACCACUGGUUUAAGACUGCUUUGUAAGGGAAGUGACUGGAUUACACUCUAAUCCCAUUAUGAUGCCGCUGCCAUGUGAGGGCCGGCUGGAGGAUUAGAAACCGAGGGCUCGAUUUCGACAAACUAGCUGACUGUAAUGACUGCUGAAGCACACUCUGAUGGAGCGCGUCACCAGCUUAGAUGGCACUGACCAACGAGGGAGGACGAGUCUUCUCGCCUGUCAGCAGUAGAUCCACUGGCAUGGAGCUCGUCUCUUCUGGUUGCUUCUGGGCCUCUUCCAUCAUAGCUGCAGCUAUGGCAUCAGCAGCUCUGGAGCUGAUGGGCUUCUUCCUGGGCCUGCUGGGGAUGCUGGGGACCCUGGUGGCCACAGUGCUUCCAUAUUGGCAGAUUUCUGCACACAUUGGGUCCAAUAUUGUCACAGCUGUGAAUAACAUGAGGGGCCUGUGGAUGGAGUGCGUCUAUCAGAGCACGGGGGCCUUCCAGUGUGAGGCCUACAACUCGAUGCUGGCUCUGCCCUCUGACCUGCAGGCUGCUCGUGCCCUCAUGGUCAUCUCCAUAGUGUUGUCUGUCCUUGCAAUUGCUAUGGCAGCUCUGGGAAUGCAGUGCACGCUGUGCUUGGAGGGCUCUGCAGUUAAGAGUCGUGUGGCAGGUGCCGGUGGGGGUUUCUUUGUCUUUGCAGGCUUCCUGGCUCUCAUACCCGUUUCGUGGACCACGCAUGAGGUGGUUCAGACCUUCUACCGCCCAAAUGUACCUCAAAGCAUGAAGUAUGAGCUGGGAGAGUGCCUAUAUAUUGGUCUAGCGUCUGCACUCAUUUCCAUGCUGGGUGGGGGGAUGCUGUGUGUGUCAUGUUGUGAGGAGCAGGAAGGCGGCCGUGGGAGACGCCACGGAGGCGGAUAUCCAUAUCCAGUAGGAGGCGGCAUAUCAAGCACUGGGAUGCGAACAACCUCACAGACCUACCGCAACCCCACCCUGCAGGUGGGGGGUGUCAAUACCGCCAGCAGGGGGCAGACACUGGUUCGUAGUACGAGUGGCAGCUCAGAGUCAGGUACGCAUGGAGCCCAGAGAGCCAGGAAACCUGCAGCAGGAUAUGACAUCACGGGAUAUGUCUAAGGGGUUCACCCAUCUAUCACGCCUUUAACUGUAACUGCCUCACAGCUCAAGUUCAAUAAAUGUAUUCUUAUAGUGUUUUUGAAUGAAUACAUGUUAUCAGUGUGCUGGAUUUUCUGCAAUCUAUGGUGCAUUAUUUUCUUAACCUUUCUGAGAAGGAAUCAUAAUAUUUCAACAAAAUCAAACAGUGCAAAACUAUUAAAGUUAUCUUUCUGUA